AUGGCAAUCACAGCAGGCUACGACCGGAUGAAGGAGGUGGAAGAGUUCGACCAAUCCAAAGCCGGAGUAAAAGGCCUCUCCGAUUCCGGCGCCUCCACCAUUCCCAGGAUCUUCCUCCACCCGCCGGAAUCACUCUCCGGCCUCCGCCGCACGGCGGCGGCUCCUUCCCCCCAAAUCCCCGUCAUAGACCUAUCCGGCGCCGGUCUGCCCGACCACCGCCCCGAAAUCGUCCGCCAGAUCCGGGACGCUGCGAGCACGUGGGGGUUCUUCCAGAUCACCAACCACGGCAUACCACUCUCAACCCUCGACGCCACCGUGUCCGCCGUCAGAGCCUUCCACGAGCUUCCGGCGGAGGCGAAGUCCCGAUUCUACUCGCGGGAGGAGACGCGCGGGGUCAUGUACGCCAGCAACAACGACCUCCACCGCUCGGAGGCCGCCAGCUGGCACGACUCGAUCCAGGUGUGGAUGGCGCCGGAGGCGCCGCCGGCGAUGGAGAUACCGGAGAUCUGCCGGGAGGAGUUGCUGGCAUGGGACACUGCGGUCAAGGGCGCGGGGGACAAGGUGAUGGAGCUGCUGUCGCAGGGGUUGGGUCUGGCGGCCGGGAAAUUCGAGGAGCUGACGUUCGCCGGGUCGAGGGUGGUGGUGGGGCACAUUUACCCAUUCUGCCCUCAGCCGGAUCUGACGCUGGGGAUCAAGGCGCACACGGAUCCAGGGAUUAUCACGAUUGUGCUUCAGAAUGAGGUACAGGGCUUGCAGGUGCGGCAUGGGGAAGAAUGGGUAGACGUCAAGCCCGUCCCAGGAGGACUUAUUGUCAAUAUUGGAGAUUUUCUUCAGGUAAAUACAUACAUAUACACUGGAAAUGCUACGGCCCCAUUACGGAAAAUGCAAAAAAUGCAGUUUGGAUUUAUUAAUUUUGGUGGUUCCCCAACUCUUUCCAUUUGA